CAAAUGAUAUUGCAAAGAAAUACAGUCAACUCACGUCUUCCCCUCGUCGCCACUGGCCGCACUCAUUCCUAUAAAAUCCGAACAUUUGCCCCUCUCAAGAGUCAAGACCUCGAUUUCUCCGUGAAGAUCUUCGCCAUAUCUAAAUAAGGAAACUGAAGGAAAUUGCUAAUAAAAUGAGCGAAUCAGAAGCAAAUACACCCUCGCUUCCUCCCUCAUCUUCACGAAAGCUUCCCGAUUUUAAAAAAUCUGUGAAAUUGAAAUAUGUGAAGCUUGGAUACCAUUACCUUAUAACCCAUGGAAUGUAUCUAUUUUUAUCCCCAGUGGUUGUGCUUAUUGCAGCCCAAUUGUCCACAUUUUCACUCCAAGACCUUAAUGAUCUUUGGGACCAUCUCAGAUUCAAUCUGAUAUCUGUAAUCGUGUGCUCGACCCUCUUAGUCUUUUUAUCAACAGUCUAUUUCCUCACUAGCCCGCGACCAGUGUAUCUAGUGAAUUUCUCGUGUUAUAAGCCUGAUGAUGAUAGGAAAUGCACUAGGCAGAUUUUCAUGGAGAGAUCGCGGUUGACCGGUUCAUUUACUGAGGAAAAUCUUGAGUUUCAGAGGAAAAUUCUUGAAAGGUCGGGCCUUGGUGAGUCAACUUAUCUACCUGAGGCUGUACUGAAGAUACCACCAAAUCCGUGUAUGGCUGAAGCAAGAAAAGAAGCUGAAGCUGUAAUGUUUGGUGCCAUUGAUGAGCUGCUUGCUAAAACGUCUCUAAAGCCAAAGGACAUUGGGAUUUUGAUUGUGAAUUGCAGCUUGUUUAAUCCGACACCUUCUUUGUCUGCCAUGGUUAUUAACCAUUACAAGCUCCGGGGGAACAUUAUUAGUUACAAUCUAGGUGGGAUGGGUUGUAGUGCAGGUUUGAUAUCCAUCGAUCUUGCUAAAGAUCUUCUACAGGUCCAUCCCAACACUUAUGCUCUAGCAAUCAGCAUGGAGAAUAUUACACUAAAUUGGUACUUCGGGAAUGAGAGGUCAAUGCUUGUUUCAAAUUGCUUGUUCCGGAUGGGAGGGGCUGCUAUUUUGCUUUCAAACAAAAGAUCUGAUCUGUGGCGAUCCAAGUACCGAUUGGUCCAUACUGUAAGAACCCACAAAGGUUCUGAUGAUAAAUGCUUUUCUUGUGUCACUCAGCUGGAGGAUUCGCAGGGGAAAGUUGGAGUUUCUCUGUCAAAGGAAUUGAUGGCAGUAGCUGGUGAUGCUUUGAAGACAAAUAUCACUACAUUGGGUCCCCUUGUGCUGCCUAUGUCCGAACAAUUGAUUUUCUUAGCCACAUUGGUCGGGAAGAAGCUGUUUAAAAUGAAGCUGAAGCCUUACAUCCCAGAUUUCAAAUUGGCUUUCGAGCAUUUCUGCAUCCACGCAGGUGGAAGAGCUGUGUUGGAUGAAUUAGAGAAAAAUCUGCAACUAUCUGAUUGGCAGAUGGAGCCUUCAAGGAUGACUCUAUACCGAUUUGGCAAUACCUCAAGCAGCUCACUUUGGUAUGAAUUGGCAUACUCAGAAGCCAAAGGGAGGAUUAGGAGGGGAGACAGGAUGUGGCAGAUAGCAUUUGGAUCAGGGUUUAAAUGUAAUAGUGCAGUAUGGAAAGCUUUGAGGACCAUAAAUCCAGCAAAGGAGAAGAGCCCAUGGAUUGAUGAGAUUCAUCAAUUCCCUGUGGAGGUUCCAAAGGUCUCGACUAUAUAAAGUUUCCCUUCCUUGACAUUUUCAUUAGUUGUGGGUUCUUGACUGAAAAUGCAUCUAGCAUAUUUGGGUUUUUGUGUCUUAACUAAGGUACUUAAAUGGAGUCCAGGUUAUGUUUUCUCUCGUCUUUGUAGACUCAGCCUAGUGUGCAGUGUUCUUUGAAUAUAUGAUCUUAACAUGACCUAAGAUAAAUUUAUUUUAGUGAGAGGUUGGCAUGCUAUAUAAAUAGUCUGCAUCUUCGAAUCGUAUGGCUUAUUUUGAUUUUGAAUCAAAUCGAGAACGUGUUUUGCUUCUCAUAUUUGUUUAUUCA